AUGAAGAAGUUUCGGAAGGUGUUGGACGGUCUGACCACGUCCUCCCCCGCGAGUGGUGGUGGGACGAUGGGGUCUCCGUCCUGUGGCAGCGCGGCAGGGACCCCCACCGCGGCGCCCACCCCUAAGGAGAUCGACGUGCAGGAGACGCUGAUAUCGGAAAACUUUCAGCUAUGCAAGACAGUGCGUCAUGGCUUCCCGUACCAGCCCACAGCUCUGGCCUUCGACCCCGUUCAGAAGAUCCUGGCCGUUGGCUCCAGAUCGGGAGGAGUGCGAAUACUGGGGCGACCCGGAGUGGAUUGCUAUUGCCAACAUGAGAGCGGAGCGGCUGUGCUACAAUUGCAGUUUCUCAUCAAUGAAGGGGCGCUGGUUACAGCUUGUGCAGAUGAUACACUCCACUUGUGGAACUUGCGCCAGAGGAGGCCUGCUGUCUUGCACUCACUCAAAUUCAACAGAGAAAGGAUCACAUUUUGCCACCUUCCCUUUCAGAGUAAAUGGCUGUACGUGGGGACAGAGCGCGGGAACACUCACAUCGUCAACAUCGAGUCCUUCAUUUUGUCUGGAUAUGUCAUCAUGUGGAACAAGGCCAUCGAGCUAUCGACUAAAACUCACCCAGGGCCUGUGGUGCAUUUGAGUGACAGUCCAAAAGAUGAAGGGAAGUUGCUGAUUGGAUUCGAGAGCGGAACAAUUGUACAGUGGGAUCUGCGAGCCAAGAAGGCAGAUUUCAGGAUCUAUUACGAUGAGGCCAUCCACUCCGUCAGCUGGCAUCACGAGGGGAAGCAGUUCAUGUGCAGCCAUUCAGACGGCAGCCUGACCCUGUGGAAUCUGAGAAACACCACCAAACCCCUCCAGGUCACCUUCCCACACGGAAAGAUACAGAAAGAUGGGAAGAAGGAAUCAUGUAAACCAAUUCUCAAAGUGGAGUACAAAACCUCAAGAAGCAGCGAGCCUUUUAUCAUCUUCUCUGGAGGGCUUUCGUAUGACAAAGCCGGCCGCCGACCCACAUUAACCAUCAUGCACGGAAAGGCCAUUACUGUGCUGGAGAUGGAUCAUCCCAUUGUGGAGUUUAUGGUGCUCUGCGAUACCCCCUACAACAAUGAAGUCCAGGAGCCUUACGCGGUCGUGGUACUUUUGGAAAAGGACCUGAUUGUAGUGGACCUCACACAGAGCAACUUCCCUGUAUUUGAAAACCCCUACCCUAUGGACAUCCACGAGUCCCCAGUCACCUGCACGGCCUACUUCGCAGACUGUCCGCCCGAUAUCAUUCCCAUUCUCUACUCUAUAGGAGCCAAGCAUAAAAAGACCGGCUACAGUCAAAAGGAGUGGCCCAUCAGUGGAGGCACGUGGACAUUAGGCUCGCACACAUAUCCAGAGAUAAUCAUCACAGGGCAUGCUGAUGGAUCAAUCAAGUUUUGGGAUGCGUCAGCAAUCACACUCCAGAUGCUGUACAAAAUGAAGACAUCUAAAGCGUUUGAUAAGCCAAAAGGGGGUGACAGCGCGGAGGAUGACCCUUUUGCUGUUCAGAUGGUCAGCUGGUGCCCUCAGAGCCGGAUCUUCUGUGUGGUGGGCAUCUCAGCACACAUCAUCCUGUACCGAUUCAGCAAGUAUGAAGCCAACACGCAGAUAGUGUCGCUGGAGGUGCGUCUGCAGUGUGAGCCUGAGGAUGUCAUCUCCCCGUCAGAAACAGAGAACAACCCGUGUUUCUCUGAACCAGGGUCCCACUCCCCCCAGCCCCACCACCCACAUGCCACCAGCCCCCGAGGAGGCACUCCAGAGGGCAUGAAGGACAGCUGCCUCAGGGUGAAGGAGCGCUGUGUGCGGGUGCCCCCUGGAUACCAGGCGGAGCUAGUAGUGCAGCUGCUGUGGGUGGAUGGAGAGCCUCCUCAGCAAAUCACCAGUGUGGACAUCAACUCUGCUUAUGGCCUCCUGGCGUUUGGAAACUGCAAUGGCCUGGCUGUGGUAGACUAUUUGCAGAAAACCAUUUUGUUGUGUUUGUCGACACUGGAUCUAUAUGGUUCCUCAGACCCCUAUCAACGCCUUACCCGUUCCCCUCGCAGGAACAGACAGUCCACCUCAGGCCUUACUGAACUCUCUGACAACCAGCAGUCCAUCGACAUGGAGAGGAGCCGCUCGCCCACCUCAGUUCAUUACCCCAGCUCCCUCCACAAUGACCCCCGCGUCCUGCCCGAGCCUGUUGCCAGUCUGAGAGCCAGCCACCACAGUCCAGUCUUUUACUUACUGGACAAUGUAAAGGGACCCGGCAGAAAGUUAAGUCUGCCCACAGAUCUUAAGACUGAUCUUGAUCAUGUGAAUGGACAUUGCACUAGCCCCACCUCCCAGCCCUGCUCAGGGGGGAAGCCCCGCAUCCCUGUGGCUCCGGAGGGGAGGCUCGCCCGCAGAGGCCCAGGCCGACCGCCCUUCCGAAAGGCCCAGUCUGCUGCUUGCAUGGAGAUCUCUUUGCCUGUGUCCCACACUGAAGAGUCUCGUGAGAAUUCUUUUAGCCGUUCGCGCAGCUCCAGUGUGUCCAGUAUUGACCGCGACACCAAAGAGGCCAUCACCACGCUGCAGUUUGGAGAGUCGUAUGCCCGAAAGAACGACCUGCUGCCAACGCCAUGUCUGUGGGUGGGCACCAGUCUGGGGGUGGUCCUGCUCAUCCCAAUGUCCAUCCCCACGGACCAGGAGGAAAGAAUGGAGGAGUCUGUCACUGUGGGGCCAAGUGGGGCAGUGCUAAUGCUAAAGGGCUCAGUGUUGCGUUUUGGAUUCCUGGACUGCAUGGGAACGCUCAUUCAGAGUCCAUACGAAGUUUGGAGAGACUUGAAUGCACCAGAAGACCCCGACAGGCCACGGAGACGUAAGCUGGUCCACUUCUCGCCCUCCUCUUCUCAGGACACCUGCGGAGAGGGGCACCUGGCUGUGGUCUGCUCCGAGAGACAGGCCAAAGUGUUCCUGAUGCCCUCCCAGUCCUGCCUCUUCGUCCAUAACAUCACAGAGUCAUCAUUCGUGCUCAGAGCGGACAUCGUGUCUGUCUGUAACAGUGUGUGCCUCGCCUGCUUCUGCGCCAACGGGCAUGUUAUGAUGCUCAGUUUGCCCAGCCUCAGACCGCUGAUGGAUGUCAAUUACUUACCUCUGACAGACAUGCGCAUUGCCAGAACGUUUUGCUUCACCAAUGGGGGGCAGGCUCUGUACCUCAGCUCCCCGACUGAGAUCCAGAGAAUAACAUACAGCCAGGAGAUGUGUGACAAUCUGCAGGAGAUGUUGGGGGAGCUGUUUACGCCGAUUGAGACACCAGAGGCACAGAACAGAGGAUUUCUAAAGGGCUUUUUUGGAGGAAACACAAAUACCUUUGACAGAGAAGAGCUUUUUGGUGAGGCCGCUGCAGGGAAAGCCUCUCGUAGCCUGGCACAGCACAUCCCUGGGCAAGGGGGAGUAGAGGGCAUGAAGGUGGCAGCCAGCGGAGUGGUGGGGGACCUGGCCCGUGCCCGGAUCGCUCUGGACGAGAGAGGACAGAGGCUGGGAGAACUGGAGGAAAGGACAGCUCUGAUGAUGACCAGUGCAGAGUCCUUCUCCAAACACGCGCAUGAGAUAAUGCUAAAAUAUAAGGACAAGAAGUGGUACCAGUUCUGAUGCGGGAUAGUGCUGCCCUUGGAUUGCGGGUUUGGCACCGGGACAGGAGGCUGCAUUCUUCAGCGGAGAGGACGUACUUAAAAGACAGACUACUCACGGGUGACUUUGUCUUUUACGACUUCUGGACUGGCCAUGUACUUCACUGUCUCAUUGAACCAGGAGGACAAGAGCAGGCUUAGCUCUUUGUCUAGACAUGUGGUCAGAAAGACUGAGGGAGGCUGCAUCCAGUACGCUGAUGAAAAAACUGGGAUUAUAUGAAAAGUCUGUCCUAUGAGUGAAUGAUGCGUGAGAGAGAGUUUGGGUUUAUGGACCUCACUGUGUAGAUACUCAAAAUGUAACCAACAAGAAAUGCAUGAAACAAAAUGGAUGACUAUUAAAAUAUCCAACUGCCAUAUUAAAAGCAGCAUGCUUCUUUAACUGGAGAUAGAAAAUACAGAAGUUUUAUUUAAUAAUGUACGCCAAUUACAGAAACUAUGAAAACUUUAUAUUUUUUGAAAUACUGACAAAAAACUAUAUAUAAAAAGGGAAACGUAUACCCGCAUUGCUAUUAAGCCAAAUGUUCUGUUCUGUUCCCUUUUUAAAUUUUUUUUUGUUUUUUAUUUAUAUUUUUCUUAGCUUCUAUUACUUGACACAAGUAUAGUGCACAUAGUUAGCUUUACAUGCACUAACGUUUUGCUAUGUUCUUAUGAAUGAAAGCUGCACAGUGCAACCACAAAUCAUUUGUAUUAUUAACACUUGGCACAGAUUUCAUGGUUAUUUUCAAAUUUUGGCUGCUGCUAAAAGAACAUAAAAUGACAACAUAUAAUCCAUUUCCUAUUUACAAUCCAACAAAGGCAAAACUAAUUGGUGUGGGAUGUUUGGGAAAGACUGAAGGCUUGAAAAUUGUGUUAAUAUCUAUGGUAAAAGUGUACUACUAAUCAUGUGCCAUACAAGCAAAUGGAUGGACAAAGCUACAUAUCAGGGGAGGUAAGAACAGUUAUGUGUGAGAGCAUUCAUAAAAUUUAACUACUUUUGAAAAGAUAUUGAUGGCAAUGUUAGUUUUUAAUAAGUUGUUGAUAGUUUUGCGUCUUAGCUGCCUUGUGCACUGAAGUGUGCCAUUUUGGGUCGAAUUUAUGUAGAUUUGUGUCGUAAACAAGUAUGGAAAGAGUGCCUCAAAAUUGAACCUAGAACUCUUUCUCGGACAAAGCAAAACCAAAACGCACUCUUACAUCUUCUAAUCUUGCUGUUUCUAAUGAUUUUCUGUAUGCUAUUAUUGACCAAUAUAGAAAAUAGCUCCUCUCCUCUUUGAACACAAGUGCUAUCUAAUUGAUUGUCAAUGUGAAGGACUACAAAUAGGAUUUGGCGUCAUCUGUUCAAAGUCUCAUGUGACUUUUUGUGAUACGGUAAAAUAAACAUAUUUUUUCAGUGCUAUUUCAGGUUGUUGAGUCAGUGAAGAAACUAAUGUACAUGUGUAUGACAUUUGUAACAAUUUCAACAUGAAGGUGAUUUUGUUUUAUGUUCAAUAUUGUUCUUGAUGACUAUGAACUUAUUCCCUCGUCAGUCACUUCUAUAUUUGAUGGUUCUGGCCUCUCAGCUGUGGAAGGCUCUUGUAUGUUUCAUGAUACAUUUGUCGUGUAUCAUAUUGUGAUUGUGUUAUACAUGUCAAAGUCACAUGACAACUUUAAGUGGAGGAGGACUCUUUGUACCUGUGUAUCUGUCUGUAUUUUGAUCUAAAAAACAAAGGAUUUAUUGACAUCUCACACGUCAGGCCUUUAUGCAUAUAAUGUAUUUGCAGUGGUUCUCAAACUGUGGUACCGAUACCUGUUACAUCAGAGUGUGGUAUUCUUCUGGUGGCACUCAGGAGUUAAUAUCAUGUAGACAAUACUGCUAAUUAAUAUUUAGAUAGGAUUUUUUUUUUCAGUUUCCUUGUUUCCUUUUUCAUACCACAAUGUUGAACGCAGAUAGACAGACUAUGAAAGCAGUGUCAGGAGCAUAGACCGCCACAAGGAUUUUAUUGGAGUUUGAUCUCAAUUAAUCCUGGUUUAGUUCUAGUUCAAUCAGGUAAAUCCUAUUAUUACAUAUUUUGUUCAGACAGCCACCUGGUUUAAAUUUGGUUAAAAUUUGGUUUAGUGUUUAGGGUUAGGGACUGAAACUGUUUCCAUGGAGAUGUUGUUGUAAAUGGUCACAUUUUUAUAUCGCACUUUUCCACCUUCUAGGCACUCAAAGUGCUUUACAUCAAGGAACCACUCUGAUCUUUACUCCUGGUGUAAAUUACUAUAUAAUUUAUUUUAAGUCAAGAAUAGAACUAGUCUGGCUUAUUUGCUAAAUCACUGGUUGGUCCAUAUUUAUGUUUUAUUUUUUUCAACAUUGCAUUUUGAAAUGAGUUGAUUUUCUGAGGUGGUACUAAAAAUGUCAAAGUUUAAGAACCACUGCUUUCUGAAGUCACCCAUUUGCAUCCUCAUUUUCAGGUUUUCAACUGAAAUAAAAAGGGAAUCUACAUAAUUUUGAAGGUGUCCAAAUCUACUGUCAAUAGGAUUUGUGCUCAGUGCAGUUCUAUCAGUGGCAGAGAAAAUAUACACCAAA